GAUUGUUUUGGUCACACUUAUUUUUGUUUUUCUCUAACACCUAUUUGUAAAAAUAGGUUAGGUGGCCGUCCGCAUGGAAUUUAAAAACCGGACGAAAUAAUAAACACAACACGGAAGUGGAUAGAAUAACAUAUUGUUUCGCUGAGCAAAAAACAAAUUGAGAAUAGUAGUGUGUAAACACACUCCGUUUUCUUAAACUUUCACUGUUUUAAUUAAUUAAUAUCUCAAGAUGCCUUACGCUCGUAAAAAAAUGCACAGUGGCGAUACACAUCUUCGUCGUAGAUGGAGGUUGAGAAAUCGGAAAAAAGAUUUGGACGAAAUUGACGCUGAUUUGAAGAGCGAUCCAGAGAAACUGUUAAAACAAGAGGUUGAUCUUGAUAAACCAGGUUUUGGACAGUUCUACUGCAUUCACUGUGCUACAUACUAUAUCAACGAUCAAGCAAUGCAAGCCCAUUUUCGGACAAAGGUGCACAAGCGACGUCUGAAAGCAUUGGAAAUUGAACCUUACACCGUCGAGGAUUCGUUGCGAGCAGCAGGGCAAGGUAGCUUCGUGCAACCGCAAAAACGAAAGAUGGAAACACAACCAAGUCUUGCUGAUGUGGACGAUGGUAAACGAAUUAAAGUGGAUACUAUUAUGGAAGAAGAGAAACCUGCAAAACAGGAACUGUCCAAGGCGAAAAAAAUUACAGAUUAUAAGAAAGUGAUGGAAGAGUUGAAAUAA